AUGUGUAAGCUAAUAAUUUGGGAUGAAGCACCCAUGGUAAACCGUCAUGCUAUUGAAGCUGUAGAGAAAAUGUUUAGAGAUGUUACCGAUUGUGACUUGCCUUUUGGUGGGAAAGUCAUAAUUCUUGGAGAAGAUUUUCGACAGGUUCUACCAGUAGUACCAAGAGGGAAAAAAGAAGACAUAAUGAAGACUAGCUUAGUUUUCUCAGAUUUAUGGCCUUUAUAUUUACAACUACCUUUAGUUGGAAAUAUAAGAGCAAAAUUAGAUCCUAAUAUUAAUCAUUCUGAAGGUUUAUGUAAUGGGACAUGCCUUACUUGUCGGAAGUUUAAUAGAAAUGUAAUUUUGGCUGAAAUCACAGUUGGUGCAUAUCAUGGAAAAUAUGUGUUCUUACCAAGGAUUCCCUUUGUACCUCUUCAAAAUGAUCGAAAUUCAAUUCAAUUUGAGAGGACUCAAUUCCCAAUUAGACCUUACUUUGCAAUGACAAUAAAUAAAGCACAAGGCCAAAUCUUAAAUUUUGUUGGUUUAUACCUUCCAGAACCAGUUUUUUGCCAUGGACAACUAUAUGUAGCAUUAUCGAGAGCAAAAACAAGUAAAUCUUUGAAAAUUUUACUCAAAUUGUUAAAUGCAGACAAUUGA